AUGAAUCCUUUACAAUCACAACAAAUCGAACAACAUUCACAAACUGCUAUCGAAUGUCAACCAUCAAUUUCAAUAAAUAAUAAUGAUAUAGGUAGAAAAACUGAAAAUAAUAAUGAUGAUCAAGCAAAUAUACGUCGUCGUGCGCCAACAAGACAUUCAAUCAAGUCAUUACCCGGUCGAAAAACAUUAUCAAGACAAGCUUCAGUAAAUGAGUAA